GUACGUGAACUUUGGCGGCCAUUUUCAGCACCCUCUUUCUAUGCAUUUGACUAUUCACGCGUUCGAAACCGCCAAUUGACUCGGAGCGUACGUGUAAAAGAACGCUGAUCAGAGCGGAAAGAUGGUUGACUGGCACCGCGUCUUCUUUGGCAGCGAAGGGUCCCGGAGAGAUGAGCUGGAGAGCUUGCUCCCACGCAGCAGAAACGACCUGCCGCCGUCGGCCUUCCCCGCGAAGGAAGUGAUGCGCGUCGCCCUCCGCCUCAAGCACCAGAUCGAAGAGGUGAUACCGUGCGAGCUCGAGGAAGCCAGAGUCACGACGGCGCAUUCGUCCAUCAUCACUCCCGCGGUGGUCAAGUGCGCCAGGGAGGCGGGCGGCAAGGAGUACCGGUCGUGCGUGGUCUUCUGCCUGCUGAUCUGCAAGAGAUGGUUCAAGCGGAUGGCGCGCCUGGAGCUGUGGGACGCCGAGAUGCACAACGUGCGGGCGGUCGCGUGCGAGGUCAUCGGCAAGGCCAUCAUUGAGCAGGAGGAGGACAUGGACUACCUUCUGCAAGACGUGCUGCUGAAGCGGUACUCCAUCAUCGUCGACGGCGAGGCGACGACGCCGGCCAACGUGGUCGAGAAGGCGGUGGACCUGCACGCGCUGCGCGUCAUCGGCAGCAGCGGCUACCAGAAGUGCAUCUCGUACCUGUGGAAGGGCUGGCUCGUUCAGGACGACGAGGACCCGAGCACGUUCGUGGCCUACACCAAGCGCGCCAACACGAACUACUGGUCGCACUUCGACCCGGACCGGAUGCGCGUGCCGCUGUACCAGAACGUGGUCCAGAUCGCCAUCUCGAUCGUCUACCUGGCCCUGUACACGGGCGUCGUCAACACGGUCAACCCGUCCGGCGACCUCGACGUCGUCGAGGGCCUGCUCUACAUCUUCACCCUCGGCUUCGUGUGCGACGAGCUUUCCAAGCUGUGGAAGGUCGGCCGCUACUACGUCGGCUUCUGGAACGUGUUCAACAGCACCCUGUACGCCCUGCUCGUCGUCUCCUUCGUCCUUCGCAUGGUCGCCCUCGCCCACCCGCUCGACUCCGACGGGCGCGGUCGCUUCAACGAGCUCAGCUACAACUUCCUCGCCGUCACCGCGCCCAUGUUCUGGGGCCGCCUGCUCCUCUACCUCGACACGGCCCGCUUCUUCGGCACCAUGCUCGUCGUUCUCAAGGUCAUGAUGAGGGAGUCGGCCAUCUUCUUCAUCCUGCUCUUCGUCAUCGGCGUUGGCUUUCUGCAGGCUUUCAUCGGCCUCGACCAGGUCGACAACAACCUGACGGCGACCGGGUUCGUGGUCAAGGAGAUGAUCAACGCGCUGAUGGGGAGCCCAGAGUUUGAUGGCUUCGACAACUUUGGCCACCCCUUCGGUCUCGUCUUGUACUACAUUUACUGCUUCGUGAUCAUGGUCGUGCUGCUCAACAUCUUGAUCGCGCUCUACAACUCCGCGUACGAGGACAUCACCGACAAUGCCGACGACGAGUACAUGGCCCUCUUCGCCCAAAAGACGAUGCAGUUUGUUCGCGCCCCGGACGAGAACGUCUUCAUCCCACCCUUCAACCUCAUCGAGAUGUUCUUUCUCAUCCUGCCUCUCGAGUGGUGGCUGUCGGAAAAGACGUACUCACGCAUCAACGACUACGUCAUGGGCGUAAUUUACUCUCCGUUGCUGCUCGUCACCGCGGCCAUGGAGACGAGAAGUGCGCACAGGGUGAGAGUCAACAAGAGAAGGGGCGUCGAGGAAGACGACGAUGACGAGGUAAUCGAGGAGUGGGAGCAGGAUCAGGUGCAGGACCUGUGCGACUUCGAGUCGGACGGCUGGGGCAAAAAGGUCGAGGACAGCAAGCCAAACGUCGAGAUUGACAUGGCGACGAGCGAAUGCCGAAGGUUGAGGGCGGAGGUCAACGAACUGAAGGACAUGAUAAAGCUGCUGCUCAAGGAAAAGGGCAGGGACGGCGAGGUCAACGGGCAAUAGCCGCAUGCGAAAACUUUAAAAGGGAAAACCCCUCCAUGUGGUUCGCCUCAGCGCGAGGUGCUGGGAGGAUUCCAUCCUGCUUCUACCCGAUCUGAUACCGCUCCCUCAGUGACCGCAUACGUGCAUACAUACUCUUAUCCAUGACGUACAGCACACCCUUUUUUUUUAGAGACGUGCCCGUCCAUCACCGCAACGGUCUUUUUUUUUCACGGAAAAGGCUCUGCAAACGCACGCCGUUUCGUUGCCUCAACAUGGCGGCUUCCGCCGGGUCGUCGUCGAUACCGAGCGGCCAAGCGAGCACGGCGGGAGCGCAAGCGAAAGCUCUCUCGGCAGGACGGGCUGCGGACCUUAUCGCUGCUUUACCGAGGGCCGCGCUCCGCGUGCGAGCCUUGGGCGGUCGGUUCUGCACGUCGAGUCUUUGAAGGCGAAGGAGCUCGUCAAUCAAACUCGGUGCGCAGGUCCUUUUCGCAAAGGCUCCGGUCAUCCCAUUGGGAUCGGCAGUAGCCGACCGUUUGGAAGGGAACGAGAGGACGGG